AUGAUAACAUGGAGGGACCGUCAAGAGCUAGAAUACCUGGCUGAAGCGCAGAAAAUAGGUCGUAAGGUGGCCCGGCUGGGUCUUCCGAUGGCGGCGGCUAGAGCCUUGGAUAUAUUCCGGCCUCCGAGGGAUCCUUUCGCUGGCCUCACUGGAUGGGAUAUUAAGCUUCACGGUGACAAUGUGCGUGUUGAUUCACAUGAUCCCAACCUCGCCUACAAGCCUUCUACAGUCCACUGGAGAGAUACUAAUGUUACUAUUAUCGGCAAUGGCCCUGUCCAUUCCUUUUCCCAUUGUUGGUAUUAUGAAGUCAUAGUUAAGAGAAUAGAACGUCUCCCCGUCAUGCAGACGAACUCGAAAGUUAUUCUGCCAGAAGACCCAGCUGGGCUUACUCUCGGUCUCACUUCUACUAACCCAGACAACCUCACCGCUAUACCCGGUAGCGGUUCCUGGACGCUUCCCGGUACAGUUCUAGUAGGGUACGAUGGUCAGAUAUCAGUAACAGAAUCGGUUACGCCACACUUCACCACCAUAUCUAGUGGAUGGUCUCCCUCUCGAAACCUUGCUGUGGGUAGGAGGGUAGGUGUGUUCAUCCCUGCCCAUGGUAGUGUGCGGCAUAGACUUUUCUUAGUGGUUGAUGGCAGAGUCAUGGUAAGAGGCCCUAAAGUACCUUUUGACAUAACAGCGACGCCUGUCUGGCCAGUAGUAGAGAUCCUCGGCACCGCCCAAGCAGUCACGUUGGUACAUCUGUCUGCGCUCACUCCGCCGACUUAUCAGCUAGCGGCUUGCACCGGAGACGAGAACGAUCGGAGCGUUGAGGAGGAGAUCGAGGAGGCCAGAGUGUGCUGUCAGUGGGGCGUCGCUGGUCGAAAUAUACGGCUACUCGCGGAAAGAAAAAUGGCCGUGAUCGCUUUGGACGAACGGAAAGAUGAGAAGCUUCCACUUGGCGGCCGAGUCGUUGUGGGGAAUGGUCCUGUCCGAGAAUUCACCGAUGGUGUCAAGUACUUCGAGAUAAAGAUAAAAAUGUUACAACGACGCACCGCUUCUGAAUCGACUGCCCCUCCUGGGAGACGCUUUAAUCCAGUACGACAGAAGGCAAGCCUCUCACUGAGCAUAGGUUAUCACAUGUCGCCCCAAGGCAUCAAUAGGAUACCCCAAGUAUGUCACUUGCGUGAAUUGCCUAAUACCAAUUUCAUCGACGUGGAGCAUCCUGCUGUGCCUUUGGCACUGUCAACCCGUAUUGGUCUCCUCUUGUCCAGGAAGGAAAAGAUACUAGCCCUCUUCGCUGAUGGACAGCUUCAAGCUAGGAUGGACAUAUCUUGUGCUGCGCUAUUGGACCCAACAUCCUCUAGGAUAUAUCCAGUGGUCGAACUUGGCAAGGGCAUUUGGGCAAUAUCAUUCGUAGCGAGCGCUGGACCACCCAAGGAAGCGGCUGCCUCCAUCGAGUUGUCCAAUAGGAACAACGCGGCUGUGAUGAUCCAGCGGUUCGUACGAAGACGUCGUAAGCUGCGAACUCUGGAGAGAACAAUAAUCGAGGCUCAAGCGAGAGACAAACGGCUCAUGGAAACGGCACAAGAGAAGAGUAUGAGAAAGGAAAAAUUAGAGUCUCUCUUAGAGAUGAGGAGGUUAAUGCGACAGACUAAGGACAUACUGUCAAACAUUCAACAGCAAAAUCGUUCACUGUCUCCGGUGGGCCCGAUGCGCGCCGCAUACUCAACAGAGCAGGCCCCAGAUCUCGGAGGUCGGAACGAGAAGGUGAAUGCUAAUGGGAAAAUUCAGGCGUGA